UGCCAUUGGAUGCGCGGGCUAUACUUCAGCACCUAAAUGAAUUGGGCUAUAGAAAUAUAUCUGCCGAACAACUACGUGAAUUUUUAAAAGCUUUUUUGCGCCUAAAGGUAUGCAACCACAGUCGGAUAAGCAAAGUGCUAGCAAAAGCAAUCUCGCAACAGCAAGAGCAAAUACUCAGCAGCAGCCCCAGCCAGAGCUUCAGCAACAUCCUCAUCAGCGCUCCAAAGUAAAGGUCAUCAAGAGCAAGCGUCCACUCUGCCACUUUAAGUUUUAUUUGGAUAUUUGCGAUCAUCAGCUAGCCAAGCGCAUUGAGGCGGACAUCAAGGCGCUUGGGGGCACCCUUGAAUUCUUUCUCAACGACAGUAUUACCCAUUUCAUUACCGAUAAGGAAAAAGGCUCGUCGCUUGCAAUUACUGAUGCUCGCAAGAACACCCGCAGUCAGCUGGGAGCCAAUUUAGCACAACCCGCACUUAACUCACCUCAAACGCCGAAUACUCCAAUCACAACAGUCCAUGAUAAUGGCAUUGGCCUACAGCGCAGGACUCGGCAAACUCGUGCCGAUGCCAUUCUGAGUCGUGUGCGUGCUGUACAGCUGAGCACAUCAAUCCAAACUGAGCUGCCACAACAGAACCAGCAAAAUUAUCGCUGCAAUACACCAAGUAGCAGCAGGCUUUCACUUGCAACGUACACCAUCUGGCAGACAGAAUACGCCCUACGCUUCUUUCAGCGUAUUCAGACCGAGCUACGUCAGUAUUUGAAAGCAUCUGGCACCUUAGGUGGAACACAGACAGGUGGAUCGGCUAAUAUUCACCUAAAGGGUCAUUUUAUCAAGAUCGAGUCAAUCAAACGAAAUCACCGACCAUACUAUCACCUACUUAAACAGCCCGAGGAGUGGCCUAAAAUUGAUUUGAGCAGCGAAGACAGUGCCUUUCGUUUACAGACCAAGGCCUAUGUUCAAAGUAUGACACGUAAGUCUCCAGGCUCACGGACUUCGCAACGUCAACAGGAUAAAGAUCUGCAUCACCCACAGGCGGUGCCUUUGCAACACGCUGUUGUUCAAGCGCUCAAAAAGCCACUAGUUUCUGUGCAUACGCCAGACAGUCCCCGAUCACAUUGUCGAGAGUUAAAGGAAUCCAGCGACAAGCAGUGCGGUGUGUGCGAGAUUUGCAAGAUCGAAUACGACACGUUAACUACACAUUUACAAAGUAAGGAGCACGAACUAUUUGCCAAAAACGUACACAACUUUGUGGCCCUCGAUACGCUUAUCCAAGUGUCGGCGAGUGUAAACGGCUUUCUUAAAAGAGAACAGCAGAAACAUCGUAAAUAUUUAAGGAAGGAAUCGGAACAAGCUGACGCAGAGAUAAACAGCGAUAUGGAAGUUGAUGAGCUGCUCAGCAAUAACUCUAUUGCCUCUGCCACAAAAUCACCUAAUCAAUCCGAUUCCAAUGCAGCUCAACAAAGUAUUAGCAGUGGCAGCAAUAAUAAUAACAAGCAACGACCGUCUCCAGCGUUACGUGAGAAAUCGAAGCGCAUAACUAAGGGCAAGCAUUCCUCGGAAAAGUUCAGAGCUACGGCAAAUACGUCACCCAACCAGCAGACCCCUUCACCCGUUAAGAAAAUUGCGACACCCUGUAGCCUUACAGAGUUGCAGCGCGUGGAGGAGACGGCCAACAAUGCUGCAACAGCUGCUGCCACUCCCUCUAACCCGACGCGUCGUAAGACGCAGAAUUCGGUUUUGUCGCCGCCAAUUCGCGCAAUGCUGCCGCCAUCAUCCCUCUACAAGGUGGUCGAAGCUAGCGAUGCUCUAGCCACGUCACCUCGUAUUAGGCGCGGAGCUACUAAUGUCUCUGGCAACGUAAUGGACUCGCCCUCGUUAAUUGUUAAAUUCCAGAAAGUGCGUCAAUCUGAGCUGCAGCGGCUCAACGGUGAGGCCGAAAAUUUCAUGUUCCCCAGAACGACAACUCGCAGCAGUAGCGAGCUGCCUACAGAUGUCGAUCGGCAAACGACCUCAGAUGCGCGGGGUCACCACGGUAUUUCCUCGCCCAGUUUGGACAGUACCAGCGAAGUGGAGGUGGUGCCAAGUUUAACUACAACAACCACACCUGUCAAGCUGCAAAAUCGUGCCACGGCCGUGGGCAGACGACGCAAAGGCACGGCAGCAGCCCCACCGUCACAGAUGCAGACUGCGCUUGCGCAGCUGCAGCGCCAGCUGUCAACGGGUAGCAGCAGCAGCAAUGGCGGGGGUGGCCAACAACAGCGCUUUCCGAACGCCCCCAUCCAGCCAGAGAUGCAACCGCAACUGCUAAGCCAGCGACAGGCUACGGCCACACGUAAGAGUAGCCGCAUGGCGACUGCUAUUGUGACAGCGGCUACGACCAGCAGUCAACUGCAGUUACGCCGACGAACAGAGUCGACGCUCAACGUGAGGCGCGGUGGCAACUUGGAGGAUCGGGUGGGGGAGCAACCGGCGAAGAAGGACGAUAUCCGUCAGGAAUCAGAUGAACCAGAGGACGAGGAAUCAAACGAUGAGUCAAGCUCUUCUGGCAGUGAUGAGGACUAUAUAGCUAAAGGAAAGUUGCGCUUAUCCCUGCCAACACUAAAUCGAUUUGAUACUCGUGAGGAACGCGCUGCGAGACGCUUAUCGCGGUUGACAAUCAACAUUAAUCGAAGCCCUGGAGAAAAACAUCAGCUCUCUGAGUCGCCGUCAGCAGAGAAAAAGUCACCUGCGCGACGAUGCAGCAGGAGCCAAAAGCCUACGCUAGCCAAAGCGAAGCAGUGUAAACAGCAGGUGACGCCACCGGCAGCGACAAAAAAAACGUUGACAACGGAACUUAUCUUUGAUUGUAGAAAGAGUGAACGAUUGCAGAAGCUGCGCUACGCAUUUGAGAAGUCACCGGACGCUGAUUUAUGGCAUCGUGUUUUUCAGCGACAGGAUGCUGGCGAGGAGCAGUACUACAGUUACUAUGGAUCCACGCGCUACUGUAAGCUACCCUACGAACUGGGUCCCAUACCCAUGGACUGCACAAGUUCACACAACUGCACUCUGUGCCGGGGUCAGGAGGCACAGCGUGAAAUAGACCUAAAGCCGCAAUCGUCCAUUAAGAUGGAGCGGCAACGAGAUAUGGAAACGGAACAAAUUGCCGCACAGUCUGACAGCAAUCAAACCGCCGCAACCACUACAUCUACAACGACGUCAUCCAUGUACAGGCAUAAGAAAAUGCACCUGCUGCAGCGCUAUCAGCAGGAACAACAACAACAACAGCAGCAGCAGCAGCAGCAACAUACAUUGAAUACUACUAUACUGCCAGCAAAAUGUGAUAGCAAGGCCAGCACACCAGAGCUGCUGGAGCGCGAGUUUGCAGCGCUCAGUGAAAAUACACAGGUAGUGGAGCUGGUACGUGCCACAAGCACACAGAGCAACUCGAGUAGCAGCUGCAGCAAUAGUCAAAAUAGCGGUGCAACGUGCCGCAACAAGCAGUUGGCGAGAAUUGCUGAGCUGCCGCCACGUAAAUCGCCAAGGGAGCAUGCAUCCACAUUGGCCUUGGUAAGUUGUAUUAUACGUCAGCGACAGGAUUCACAGAGCAAGACAAACUCGGAGGUAGACGAACCGUCGGCGGCACCACCUGCGAAUUUAAUUACGCCCAUGCUGAAGAUGCCAUUGAAGCAGGAGCCAGUUGCGUCAGUUACGACAGUUGCGUCGACUUUAACUUCUCACAACACGCGUUCACAAGCUGCCACGCCAGUGGAGGAACUGCGCUUCGCCACCGAAAUAAGCGAGACUGUAAAACGUAUGCGACGUGGACAAAACAAGUAUGAUACUUUGCCACCUACUCCAUCAUCAGCGCCAGCACAAAUACCCACGCCAGCAAGAUGCCGCCGGCCGACAGCAGCAGCAGCGGCAGCUGCUGCCAGCUAUUCUAGUCGACUUCAGUUUCCCGAAAGAGAGAUAACCACAAGCGUCAUGUUGAGCAAGCGUAAGCGCCGCCAGUUGGCGGCAACGCCUGCUAUGCGCCUGCCUCAACAGCAGCCGCCGGGAAUGGCCCAAGUAGCUGGCGUUCGUAAGCUUCCUAGUAAGAAGGGGCAACUGGAAUAUGAAAUGGAGGCAAAUGCUCUGAAGACAUUGAAUGCGAAUAUCGAAUAUGUCAAUCCACUGCUAAUCUCCUGGCAAAUUGAUAAAUAUCUGGAACUGACCGGCCGGGAAUAUGAUCUUAGUGCGGAGGAACAACUGCCGCUCUUACAGCCAACUGCGCGAUACUGUGAGGAUGUUAAUUUUCCUACCGAUGUGCACACGCCCCCACCUACAGAUUUCUGUUUUACCAGUGAGUUUGAUCUGUGCGAUUUGUUGGCUGCAAGUGCCGGAAGUGAAGAUGACGAAGAAAUGUCUGCUGCGCGUUCUGGUUGCCGGAGAAACAGUAGAAUGAAUUUGUAUUGUAGUUACCAGCGUAAACGAAAAUGCCUCAAAUCGAAUCGCACGGGUUGGCCCAGAGCUCAACGGCGUAGAGCGACGGUAAUAACAAAUUCGAGAGUGCAACCCAGCGAACGAGUCAGUUUCCGUAAAUUGAAUAUAAGGGAGUCCCAUGAAGUGCAAAAGCUUCAGGAUUUAAAACAGGAACCUUUAGAAACUGAGGAAGAGCAGACGACAACGACCACAACCACAACGACCGAUAAAGAGAUCAGUAAGGAACAAGACGAUGAUAAUUACGACGACGGCAGUGGUGGGUCGGGAAGUAAUGGAAGGACCGCUGAUAAUGAACUCCAUGCUCGCGAAGUUACUGCAAUGACCCCUCCGACCACAGAUGUGGAGGAACAAGUGCGAUGUAGGGACCUAUCGGGCGAUGAGGCUGCAGCGAGUGCGGACAAUGAAAGUCAAGCCGAAGAUGAUGAUGAUGAAACAAUGGCUGAUUCAGUUGAUCAGCUACGUGAUGGUAAAGUCGAAAUAGAAGCAACCGAUGCGGAUGUCGAAGAAGAUGAUGGUGAAGAUGACUAUGACGAUGCGUUUGAAGACUCUUACGGUGGCGAGCUCACAAAACAUGAACAGCUUACAGUGCAAAAUUUCGCUCAGUCAUUCGCUGAUGAACCGCCUGAGAAACGUAUUCGGAUAAUCUCCGAGUCACCCGCCAAAAGUUUAGAUGAGAACCAUUCGCAAAAAAAGACUUUGCUCGCACUACAGACCUCUAACGGAUGUUGCCUGACUGUCACCUCCACUCCAAACACGCAGCAAUCUCGUCAACAGCAGCAGCAACAGCAACGCCGCACGCCACAGCUGAACGGUAGUCUGGGCAGCUGCAUUUCCCCAAGCGAAAAGCUGGGCGAUAAUUCUGAUGUGUUUACCGUAUCAUCCGACGGUCUGGAAACCGACAUGGACUUAAGCAACACUCAAGCCGGUGACUCACUAGAACAUUGCUCCCAUCAGCGUUUGCAGCAGACAACGCCCAAACGCAAGUUUGACAUCUCUAAGUAUGCGCCUCCCAACAACGCCAUGGCCGCCAGCAGCUGUGCCGCCGAGGCGGCUACUGCUGCGGUCAAAUCGCUUGCCAUAUCGCAGUUUCUAAAAAAGGAGACUUGCGCAGGCUUAUUAAGUAUGAAGAACGUUUGGCGACGAACUCGAAGGAGGACUAUUUCAGCAGCCUUCAUAAACGCGACACCAUAAGCUCGCGUGCUAAAAUGGGCGACAGGGAAAAAGAGAAUGUACCUCAACAGAUUGAUAAAGACAAAACUAAGCAGCAAGCCUCGGAUGAUGACAAGG